AUGCGCUGCCAAUAUUCAUGUUUCCUCCCAGCCCUGGCCUCUUUGGUCUCGGCCUGGGUGCCCCCUUCGUACUCAGGGUACACGCUACAGUGGAGCGAUAACUUCGCCGGCUCGGCGGGGACACUUCCCAACUCUAACAAUUGGAACAUAAUCACAGGGAACCCGGGGGUGAAUGGCGAGUUGGAGACGUACACCAGUUCGAACAGGAACGUUCAGCUCAGCGGCGGUAACACUCUGCAGCUAGUGCCUUGGAAAGACAGUUCCGUGUCCGGGGGGUGGACAUCAGGCCGGCUCGAGAGCAAGUACGUCUUCACACCUAGCGCAGGGAAGAUCACGCUCGCCGAGGCCGAUAUCCGGUUUGGCACCAACCCUACCUCUGCCAAACAGGGAAUCUGGCCGGCUUUCUGGAUCCUGGGCAACUCGAUCCGCUCAGGAACCGCAUGGCCUGGGUGCGGUGAACUUGACAUCCUCGAGACUAUCAAUGGCCAGUUGACGGGCUACGGCACCGCCCACUGCAACGUCUAUCCCGGCGGUAUCUGCAACGAGCCCAAUGGCCGCGGGGGAAGCAUCGCGAUCCCUGAUCAGUCGUGGCAUACUUGGCGCAUCGUCUGGGACCGCACCCCCUCUACCUGGCAGUCCGAGACCAUUACGUGGUACAUGGACGGCCAGUUGUUCCACCGGAUCACCGGUUCUCAGAUUGGCGACUCGAACGUUUGGGCCUCGCUGUGUCAUGACCCUCUGUACUUCAUCCUCAACGUGGCUGUUGGCGGCACCUGGCCUGGUUAUCCUAACUCAGCCACCCUCGACGGUUACGGCAGCAUGAUGGAGAUCGCUUAUGUUGCCGUCUAUACGUCUUGA